AUGAGAAAGAAGAAAAAGACGGACCGAUAUAUAGAAGAAUACGCUAUAGGUGAAUUUAUAGAUAUGUCUGCUCACAAAGUGCGAAGAGUAAUUGAUCAGAUUCGUGGGCGUUCUUAUGAAGAAACACUUCUGAUACUCGAACUCAUGCCCUAUCGAGCAUGUUCUCCCAUUUUAAAAUUGGUUUCUUCUGCAGCAGCAAAUGCUAAUCACAAUAGAGGUUUUACCAAAGCAAAGUUAAAAAUUAGUAAAGCGGAAGUCAACGAAGGCAUUACUGUGAAAAAAUUAAAACCUCGAGCUCGGGGACGAGGUUAUCCAAUAAAAAGACCCACUUGUCAUAUAACUAUUGUACUGAAACAUACAGCUGUACAUUAUUAUACAGACUAUUUAAAGAACAAAAUUGUCUUUGAAGAAUUUUAA